AUGUAUGCCGUACCCAGCAAGGCAGAGGCCAAGGCCACUUCCAGUUCUCACGCCCUGGUCACGGCGGCGGCGGGCGCCUCCGCAGCUGCCUCGGCCACGGGCUCUGCGGCUUCAUCUCCUGCGUCUGCUUCCACCUCGGCAUCAGCCUCCUGCUCCAGCCGCAGCUCGCCGAGUCAGAAGCCGGAGAAAGCACCUGAAGUUGACGUGAUGCAGGAGACGUAUGAACAUUGCAAGCUGCGUCGCAGAAACUUCUCUUUGCCAGGUGUGGCCAGCGCGCUUGCAUCAUCAGCGUCUCCGCUCGGCCUGAACUGUGACAGCUUUGCUGCGGGGCGUGGAGCGGACCUGCUGCCGCCUGAUACAGCACUGGCCUCAACGUGUCCUGUGUGCUUGCAAUCGUUGCAGGACCCACGCCUGUUGCCCUGUUUACACUCAGUAUGCAAACCAUGCUUGGACCAGCUGGUGACCAAGUGCUUGCAGCCGUGCACUGCCGGUGCUGAGGGUGGUGAGGGGAGCGGCGCAAACGGCAGCAACAACAGCGGAGCGGAGGCUGGCAGCGGUGGAGGAGGGGGUGGUGGUGGUGGUAGCCUAUACAUCCUGUGCCCCGUGUGCCGGCACAAGUGCUCGGUGGCGGGCGGCCGCCAGGCGCAGGCGUUCCCGUCCGACAUCGUGUCGCGCAAGAGCGUCCUGCAGUCGUCGCUCGGCUGCGACAAGGUCGAGUGUGCGAUGUGCGACAACGCGGUGCGACAGCCGGUUGCGGCGCUGUGCAGUACUUGCGACGUGUUGCUGUGCAACGUGCACGCCUGCUCGCACCCGCUGAGCAAGGGCACGGCCGACCACAUCGUGCAGGAUCUGCGCAGUCGCUCGCUGGUCUGGAGCGGCCCUGACUCCUUCGCACGCCUAUCUCUAGACCGCUCAUCCAUCCUCGGCAACCUAUCAUCGCCGCCGCCGCUCGACAAGAAGGCGUCCAACGUGCGUUCGCAAUCGGAAAUGGGCGGCGCCGAGCGCAAAUACUCGUCACCGUUGGCGAUCGGCCGUAGCGACUCGGUGGCCGACAUCUCUCACUUCCUGCCGGCUCACGGCCCGGCAACGCUGCACUUUGACGUGUGCCGCGUCGCCGGCCACGACGGCGAGCCGCUGCGCAUCUUCUGCCGGCCGUGCGACAAGUUCAUCUGCUUCGAGUGCUUCACCGCUGAGCAUAUGCUGCACAACUGCGUGUCGGCGAAGAGCAUGAUCGAGCACAAGCGCUGCAAGAUCAAGGAGGCGCUGGCGGCGCUGCGCGAGGAGACGCUGCCCGACUACGAGAGCGUGGCCGGCAACCUGCUCUGCGAGCUGGAUGUGCUAGAGUUGAAGACGAAGGAGGUGCGCGGCGAGAUAGAGCAGGCCAUUGCCGACGCCGUGCAGAAAGUCAAGCAGUACGGCGAGCAACUCACGCAACAGGUUGAGGACAUAGAAGACACGCGCAGCAAGCUGCUGUUCAUGCAGCACGAGGAGGUGGUCGGGCACAUCAACAGCAUGAAGGCGGCCAUCCGCUUCACGGACAUGGCGCUGCAGCACUGCAUCGGCGACGACCUGCUGCCCGUCUGCACGCUGCUGCAGGAGCGGCUGGACGAGCUGCGGCUGCGCUCGCUGCCGCGCAAGCCGUGCGAGUCCGCCUGCAUCGUCUUCAAGACGCCGCUGUCGGCCGUGCUGAUGGACGACGUCAUCGGCGUGGUGGCCAACAGCCUGACGGCCGCGCACCACUGUCGCGUGGAGGGCAGCGGGCGCGACCGCGCCAUGCCCGGCAAGAUGACGCUCAUUGCCGUCACCACCUACAACCGCGAGCUGGAGCGCGUCAACGUCGGCGGCGACAAGCUCACCGCCAAGUGGAUCACGCGCGAGAGCUGCGACUCGGACACGCUGAUCAGCCUGCCGAUCACGUCGCUGGAGGACGUGCCCAAGCUAUGCGUGACGGACGAGAAGAACGGCCAGUACAUCAUUAAGUACACGCUCCACGAGACCGGUACAUACAUGCUAUCCAUUCACAUCAACAACGAACCGCUGCCCGACAGUCCGUUUCACAUCGACUGCAGUCACUGGUGCUUCGACGCCAACAGCUGCACCGAGAAUAUCUUGCUGCUGUCCAACCGACGAGAAGCUGUCAAGGUGAAGGGCUCCAUGAACAACGACUUCCUGGUGGGCAACUGCCCGCUGAUGUUCGGCAAGCACGUGUGGCGCGUGGUGAUCAACACGGCACCCUACUGGGUGGCGGUGGGCGUCACGCGCAAGCCCGCCUAUGACCGCAGCGCCUCCUGGGGCUGGUCGUCCGUUGCCCAUCAGCUGCCUGAGGGCCAGGAGCUGGACCUGAUGUGCGACCGCUGGCAGGACAAGGACGUGCUCUGCAUGGAGCUAGACUGCGACCAGCGCUCGCUGCGCAUGACCAACACGCGCUCCGGACGCCACCAGACCAUCUCCAACCUGCCAGACGGUGAGCUCUAUCCGUGGUUCGUGCUUUACAAGCAGGGCGACAGCAUUCGCAUCGAGCCCGACGUCGAAUCGACGGACGAACGCUGAACCCGCAGCGCAUUCCCAAUCCUAUAAUAGUAUCGGCAUUUGGUGACGAUUGCUGAGCUCUACCCGUGGUUCGUGCUCUACACGCAGGGCGAUAGCAUGCGAAUCGACGGAUGAACGCUGAACAGCAAUGCAUUCCCAACCCUAGAAUAGUAUUACCUCAAUGGUGAUGAUUUCUAAAGAAGAACACCUCACGACCGGCACUGUGUAGAAACCAGUAAUGCAUGGCGACCGCCGUUGACCAGAAUGCUGCUAGUGUCCUCCACCUGGCAAUAACCACCAGGCCGACACUCCGGUGCAGCACGUACUUCUUCCGAUCCCGUAUGCUAUAUCCGGCAAUAAUGUGCGCUGGAGUUCAUGCUUCGUGUCAAUGCUUGCAGGCAGGUGCAUUCUGACUUGCAGUGCAGGCGUUGCGAGGCUCAUAGUUCCUGUCGCGAUUGCUACUUUGUGUGCGGAUUGCCGAGGUGAAUGUAGGCGACUACGUGCAAUGCCGCCGCACGGCGUCAUGAUGUCUGACCCGUACUUACAGCCCUCAAGCUAUGUCCGGGAGGGCGGUGACGGCAACCGGUGAGAAACCUCCUUUCCACCCGCUUGGCACUCGCCUGCAAGCCUAUGGCUGGUUGUGGCAAUGCUACUGCCACUACCACCGUCACCACCACCCCAUCACCCCGGCACUAACUGCAGCGCUCACCUGCACGUCUCUGGCUGGUUGUGGCGAUACUUCUACCACCACCAUCACCACCACCAUCAUCAUCAUCAACCCAUUCCCAUCGGCACUAACUACAGCACUCGUGCAUGGGAGUCAUGCCAGUGUCUGCACAUCCAUUCCCAUCGGCACUAACUACAGCACUCGUGCAUGGGAGUCAUGCCAGUGUCUGGGCAUCCAUUCCCAUCGGCACAAACUACAGCACUUGUGCAUGGGAGUCAUGCCAGUGUCUGGGCAUCCUACUAAGUAUUCGAGAUAACCCGAUGGCCGUGCUGCUAGCAUGCACUGAGCUAGGUCUCUGCAUGCCUCUACUUAGCUAUAGAGAGUAUUGACUAUUCGUACUGCCCUUGCACCUCCACCCCGCACCCUGCCUUGCUGUGCUGACCGGCCGCCGCGAUCAUAAUGUCUCGUCGAGCGUUGACACUGCAUGCCCGUUUGCUGUGUCGGUCCUGCUGCAGCUUCCUACCCUAGCUUAGCAUCCCCAGCACCGCCACUCCAUCCCACCAGGCAAUUAUAUAGCAGAACAGUGUCGCACGAUCGCACCUGGCCCAAAGCGGAUCUACGCUCUAUGAUCGUGUCGAUACCCAUGCCUAAUUCAUCAACACGUCUACGCACUGAUUUAUGUUACUCAAAAUAUUCCCAGCUAACCUCCGUCUUGAUUACGGCGUUCGACGAUUGCAGCAAUAACGAUUGUUAAUGCACAGCCGCACGCAACGACAGGCUCUUUUUCUAGACGUUUUUUUAGUUCCGUUGUUUAAAAACAACUUUAUUACAGCUGUGUUAUACCCUCCAGUCUUGCCAGCUGACCUCGCGGCUCUUUGUCUGCAUGCGUGACGUGUCGACAGAGCGCACUCGCACAGAUCUGCCAUACAGGCAGUUGUGUAACGCGAUCAAUAUUAUUCCCUCCAUAAAAAUAAUUCUAAUAGAUUUUCAGAUUUCUCAUAGCAGUUAUACAGUUAUUUAUGGGCAGCUGUACUUGUCUUUGCGCUCCAAGCUUCGAUUUUUAAUUCUAGUGAUCGGCAUUAAUUUUGAUGCUUUAUCCCCGUGUUAUAUUCCAAAUUAUGUUUGGUUCCACGUAUUUUCA